UCUCUCCCACUAGACCGUAAGCUCCAAGAGAGCCAGACCGGGUCUGUUUUGUCUACUUGGCAUGUUUCCUAACUCCUGACUCAUAUUUGUCAAAUAACUGAAUGAAUGCCCCCUAAGACCGAGGCCCUAGGCUUCACAGCAGAAGCAGCCCUUGUCUGUUUACUGAAUGUGUUCCAGCUAGCAGAAUGUCACUUUCAAUUCUGCAAUUUGGUGGUGGUAAUGGGGGGGGGGGGGGGAGCAGGAUGCACUGAGGUUCCUCCCCCCCACCCCCCGGGAAACAGAUGGUAAAAGGGCUUAAAGGAUUGCUGCUUCCCCCAGCACCUUUCUGUGUCCCCACCCCCACCCCCACCCCGCUACCCACCCCUGCGCCUGCCAUCACACUCCGAGUUCCUUUCCUGGGGCUGAAACGGGCUCUGGUAGUCAAUUCUCCUUCCUUCUAACUCCAGGCACCAAGGCGGGUGGGAUGAAAAUUCCUUAUUUAGCCAAUUGUUUUCCCUCUUCUCUCCGUGAACUUCCCAGCCUUCCUCAUUCCUCUUCAACUUGUGCUCACACCUCUUUUUAAAUGUUCGAAACACCAUCUCUCAAGCUAUGGCAUAACUUACUGUACUUCAAUAGCUGCACGUUUCUUAUGUGUGCCAGGCAGGGGACCAGGCCCGGAGUGGGGAGCAGAACACAGGCGAACAAGACAUGAACCCCACCCUCUAGGUCUCACAGCUGAUUGGCACAAACAGGCCAGUCUACAAUCUCAGGCUAAAGAGAAGCCCCAUUUGUCUGGAGCACCAGGCCAGAGCUUGGGAAGUAGGUGGCUUCACCUUCCUGGGAAAGUGAAAGCAUUCAGGUGGAGGGAACACAGAAGCAAAUGCCGAGUUGGAAGGGGCUCGGCCUCUGCGGGCAAGGACCAGCGCGGAUGCAGGACAUGAGAGAUCACUUGCAAAGGCAGGUGAGGGCUGCUCACGGAGGCUCUUGAACGUCAGGUGAGGAGACUGAUCUGAAGCCAGUGGGCGAUAGGCAAUCAUCUGAGCUGUGCUUUACAAAGGUGAAUAGGGCUGUGCUGAGUCAGGGGGAGGCAGAGGCAGGGGGACAAGUUAGAGGUUGUUCCCUUAGCGAAGGGGAGCACUAAUGGCUCUAGGAGGGCAGUGGCCGUGGGGCAGAAGGAGCUGAUUCUCCUGUGUGAUAACGGGCCUCAACUAACUGCCCCCUCAGCCUGAGGCUGGUUUGCCUUCUCCACUUCUCUUUUUGUUUUCUGGUUUUUCCCAGUUUAAGCAAAGAAGGAAAUUCAUAACAAAAAUCUCCUCCUUCCUCUUCCUUCUCCAGCCCGGCUCUCUCUUGGCCCCAGGUUCUCUUCUCCUGGCUCUUAGUAUCGGGCGCCCCUCUAUACGGCCUCUGGCUGUGAGAUCUCUCUUUAUGUUCCAUUCCUAUCUUCAGAUGUCCACACCCCCCCCCCACCCCAGCCCACGAUCUGGGGGCUGUGCCUGAGCAGUCGGUUUGCUAAUGAAUCAUAGAAGCAGUACUGAUUUAUUUCUAGAAGUUGCCUUUCACCAAGGGAUUUGGGAGACCCUGCCCUUCCCUAAGGGAACUAACUUUGAGGGGGCCUACAAGCCCCACGCUAGUGAAACCACUAGAGAUCCAUUGGGAGCUGGAAUAUUCUCCCAGCUCAGAGAGGAUCAGUGAGCCCUCUGCUCCCAUAGCUGGCAGGUGCAGAAAGUAGGGUUUUGCUUCAGUCUAAUGACCCAGACAUGGCACUUGGAGAAGGGAGAUCUGGGGCCUGGUUGUGGGUCACUGCGGUGAGCAUCCUUGAUACGCAGUGAGGGAGCAGUUCGCCCAGAGAACCUCUGGAGCUUUCUCAGGGCAAAGGGGAGGAUGUGGAGUCUGGACCCCAUUUUCCUUGCACCUGCAGGGCUCUAGACAAGUAGCUUGUUCGUUGUCACCGUGACAUCCAUAGCACCCGCGGGGCGGGGGGGUGGGGGCAGCGUCCCAGGGGAUUCCCGGGCUCCGCAGGUGACUUGUGGGACUUCCGUGACCUCACAGGCAAAACUUGACCCCCCUCCCCGGGGGGGCGGGGCUGCAAGCACCCUGGGUAGACCCGGGUGCCCGAAGGUCGCUGAGUCUUGCCCCUCUCCGGCCGGGGACGCGCUAUGGGACUACUGAUCGCCAAGCUGAUGAGCAUCUUCGCGAACCAGGAGCACAAGGUCAUCAUCGUGGGACUGGACAAUGCGGGAAAGACCACCAUUCUCUACCAGUUACCAGCCGCAUUGGCAUCCACUGGAAGCUUGUUAGAAACGCAAAACACUGGGCCCCUGCCUAGGCUCAUUGGCUCAGAACCUGCAUUUUAACAAGACUCCCAGGUGAUUCAGCUGCACAUUAAAGUUUGGGGACACUGCUCUACUUAGACUCCCAUCUCUUCGGUCUGCACCAGGGCAAGACUUGGUCUUACUCCUGCCUGCACUCCCCUGGGCCCAGAGACUUGGUCAACCCCGGGCUGAGCUGUUCUGAGUUUGAUUCAGCCUGACUUGCGAGCAGAGGGGUGGGAACAGAACGGGCCGAGCUCUUGGUGACCUCUCUUCCCUCCCCAGCCUGAUGAAUGAGGUGGUCCAUACAUCUCCCACCAUCGGUAGCAACGUGGAGGAGAUUGUCCUGCAAAAGACACACUUCCUCAUGUGGGACAUAGGGGGACAGGAGGCUCUGCGCUCUACCUGGAACACGUACUACUCCAAUACUGAGGGCUUACAUCCGGGUGGUGCAGAGACCGGUCCGGGAGCACAGUGGGCAGACACGUUCAUCAGAGGGAAAGCCCACGGCUCACAGUUCCCCUCUGCUGGCCAGUUCAUCAUCCUUGUGAUUGACAGCACGGACCGGGAUCGGCUGCUGACCACUCGGGAGGAGCUGUACAGGAUGCUGGCCCAUGAGGCUCUGCGAGAUGCUUCCGUCCUGAUCUUUGCCAACAAGCAGGAUAUGAAGGACUCCAUGACCACCGUGGAAAUCUCUCAAUUCCUCACUCUUAGUGCCAUCAAAGACCACCCGUGGCACAUACAGGGAUGCUGUGCCCUCACUGGGGAAGGGUUAGUGGCUGCCCCACCUGCACCUCCAGGGUUCGGCCCAACCAAUGAACAGCUGACCAUCAGAACCUUCUCCUGUUUCUCUCCUGUCAGGAUCUGGCUCACACUUAGCUCCUGGGCUGAGUCAGUCAAGCACCCACCCACAGCUGAGAUGCUGUGGGUAAGCAGUGAGCAGGAUAGAGUGCCUGCGCUCAGGCUCAUUCUGAAAGGCGACAGGCCAUCUCAGCACAAACAUUUUAGGUACACAGAGGUGCUUUGAAUAAAGUGAAAUUGGAUUAACAGUGAUAGACGGGGCAGGGUUGGGUCUGACUCAGCUCUGGUGGUCAGGGACGCCCUCUACUAGGACAUGAUCUUUGGGCUGCAAUCCAAAUGGGGAGAAGACGGCCACAGCCAUGGGAAGACCUGGGGGCAAGCCUUCCAGGCAGAAGUUGCUGACUCUUUCUGACCUUGAGUUUUCUUAUCUGUAAAGAGGAGGGUGAGUAUACCUACUCCCUCUGUAAGUUCCUGUUGAGAGCACAUGACAUCAAUCAUCCAACAUUUAUCGAGCCCCGAAUUUGUGCCAGGCACUUUUCUAGGCACCAGAGAAACAGCGGCGAACAAACCACAAAAUCCCCUGCCCUCAUGGAGGUUACUUUCCAUGGGGGGGUGGGGGGCAGACACUAAACAAUAAAAAUAAGAAACAUAUAUAGUGAGUUAGAAAGUGAUAAAUGCUUGGGAAAGAUCAAGUAGGCAAAGGAGAUUGGAAGCACGUGGGCAAAUGUUGCCAUUUUGGAUAAGGUACCAGGGAGGGGCCACCAGAAAGUAGCUGCUGAGUAUAAAUACCUGAAGGAUGUGAAGGAGCCAGGUCACGGUCACAUAGAAAGGGCCUUGAGUCAGGCUUGGAAAAUUCUCUUUUCUCUCUCAAGUGGGAUCACAGCAGGCUGGGGACCCAGGCGCCCGGAGACUUUAGGCAGGUGGGCCCAAGGAACCACACGUUUCUGAUAGUGUCCUUGCCACCCUCCUCCCGCAACCCACAUCCAUCCCCUCUGCCAGACGGUAGACCGCAGAGGGCAUGUCUGUUUUUUUUCACCAGUAACCUGAUGUACUCAGUCCAUUUAUACUUGUCGAUUGAGAGAUUGGAUGCGACUUUGGUUGUUCCCUCCGUCAGUAGGGGCCGGGGGCUUGGAGGCCAUCAUCCUUGCAGGAUAUGCUGAUCUUUGCCCUGUUCCACCUUCCCUGCAGGCUGCCCGCGGGGCUCCAGUGGAUGCAGUCUCAGACCACUGCCAACUGAUGUCCCAGGCUGAGGCCAUCCAGAUACUUUGGGGGUUUUGCUUGGACUACGUGGGUGGAAAACCCACGUGACUAUUCCUUUUCUACGAUUCUCGGAUGGGAGCUGGGUCGGCUAUGGACAGUGAGGUGAGAUUGCCACAGUCCACCCAACCCUGUGAACUUGACUGCAUGCCCUGAAUUGCUGUAGACAGGACAGCAGAAAAGCUGCCCUUUCCUCCGUGGAAGCAGGUGUCCUUGGAGGCACCAGGCAAGCUGUCGGACGUGUUGAGGGAUUAGGACGUGGAGCCCAGUCCCCUUGGCCUGCAGCCUCUUUGAGGAAAAAAUGGGGGGGGGGGCAGAGUAAGAGACCCCCUGGAAUUGCUCUUUAUUUCCUAGAACCCCACCCCCGGCCCCUUGGCUCCCACCCCAGCUCUCUGGCCCCUCAGCCAUCUUUGAGGAAAGGAGAUUCCAGAGAGGUGAAGGGGCGGGCUCAAGGGAAGGAGGGCAAAGCCAAAAACUGGUGGGAAGGGAGAGGGAGGAGGACGGGACACCCCAGACAGGGACAGUCCCUUGCAUGGCGGGGAGUCCCACUCCUCCCAGACCUUUCUGUUCCCUCUGAGAUGCUGGCUCUGACCACAGCUUGUGAGCGUUCAGCCAUCUCAUCCUAUGCCCUUCAUUCCCGGUCCUUCCAAUGUGAAUCCCAUUCCUCCCAAAUUUCCCUGAUUCCUACAGAGUGCCUAUCUUGACCAUCUUUUGUAAUGAAUUUUUUCCACAUUGUUUUAGAAUUUUUAUAAAAGUGUAAUAAAUGCAUUGAAAACUG